AUGACACCUCUACUAACGGUUUCUUGUGUGACUUCAGACACAGUUGAUGCUUCCACAAGCUCACUUGAUAAAGGUCCAAGCGAAGAAGAAAGUCCUACCGACUUCAAGUGCGGUGUCUCAGAAGCCAUGGAAGUUUCUUUAGUUGAUCUUUCCACAAGCUCACUUGAUGAAUCUCCAAUUGGAGAAGAAAAUCUUAAUGGAUUCGAGUGUGGUGUAUCAGACGCUACGGAAGAAGUGUUCUUGUAUAUUCUGGGUUUCUUGGCUGAUGCUUCCACAAUAUCACUUGAUGAAGCCCCAAGUGAAGAGGACAAUCCUAGCGGAUUCAAGUGCUGUGUCUCGGAAGCCAUGGAAGAUAUGUUCUUGUGUGUUGAUACCAACAUCGGAUGA